AUGCCACCACUGCUUUCUCUUUCCUCCUCUUCGCUCUACCUCCUCCGUCCUCUCACCUCUUUCAAAUUCCCUUUCUACCCUCGCUCCUUCCUCAAAUCCCAACUCUAUCCUCUCUCUCCUCCUGCUCAUCUCCUCAAACCCUCCUUUCCAUGCCACGUCAGCACUAACUCUUCCUCUUAUAGCAGCGGUAGUCGUAGUGUUUCCAUGGAGUCAUCCUCACCAGCACCCACUGUGUCCCUAGACUCUGUGACCCAAGAUUUAAAGAAUCAAACUUUAGGUCCUGAUGAUGCUAAUAGGGUUAAAUUGAAGCUUGAAGAUCUCAAUUGGGACCAUUCCUUUGUCAGAGAAUUGCCUGGAGAUCCAAGGGCUGAUACAAUUCCACGUCAGGUGAUGCAUGCUUGUUAUACAAAAGUGUUACCGUCGGCUGAAGUGGAGAAUCCUGAACUUGUUGCUUGGUCUGAUUCCGUUGCUGAUUUGCUUGAGUUGGAUCCUAAAGAAUUUGAAAGAUCGGACUUUCCCCUUUUGUUUUCUGGGGCCUCUCCUUUGGUUGGAGCGUUGCCAUAUGCUCAAUGCUAUGGAGGACAUCAAUUUGGGAUGUGGGCUGGUCAGCUGGGUGAUGGCAGGGCAAUAACACUAGGGGAGGUUGUAAAUUCUAAGUCUGAAAGAUGGGAACUGCAACUUAAAGGUUCUGGGAGAACCCCAUAUAGCCGGUUUGCAGAUGGCCUUGCGGUUCUGCGUAGUAGCAUCAGGGAAUUCCUAUGCAGUGAAGCAAUGCACAGUCUAGGAAUCCCGACAACUCGUGCACUUUGUCUUGUGACAACAGGAAAAUAUGUUACCCGUGACAUGUUUUAUGAUGGCAAUGCAAAGGAAGAACCUGGUGCUAUCAUUUGCCGAGUUGCACAGUCCUUUCUUCGGUUCGGUUCAUACCAAAUACAUGCCUCUAGAGGGAAGGAGGACCUUGAAAUUGUUCGUGCUUUGGCAGAUUAUGCCAUCAGACAUCAUUUUCCUCAUAUUGAGAAUAUGGAUAAAAGUGAGAGCUUAUCAUUUAGUACAGGCGAUGAAGAUCAUUCAGUCGUGGAUCUAACCUCAAACAAGUAUGCAGCUUGGAUAGUGGAGAUUGCUGAACGGACUGCUUCCAUGAUCGCAAGCUGGCAAGGGGUUGGCUUUACUCAUGGUGUAAUGAACACUGACAACAUGAGUAUAUUGGGUCUCACCAUUGAUUAUGGUCCCUUUGGGUUCUUGGAUGCUUUUGAUCCUAGUUUCACUCCAAACACCACGGAUCUUCCAGGGAGAAGAUACUGUUUCGCAAAUCAGCCUGAUAUUGGUUUAUGGAAUAUUGCACAGUUCACAGCUACUCUAUCAACUGCCAAGUUGAUUAACGAUAAGGAGGCAGACUAUGCAAUGGAAAGAUAUGGAAACAAAUUCAUGGAUGAGUAUCAAGCUAUAAUGACUAGAAAACUUGGUCUUCCAAAGUACAAUAAACAGUUGAUCAGCAAACUCCUUAAUAAUAUGGCCGUAGAUAAAGUUGAUUACACAAAUUUCUUCCGGCUGCUUUCAAAUAUUAAAGCAGACCCAAACAUUCCAGAAGAUGAGUUGUUAGUUCCCCUGAAGGCUGUUCUGUUAGAUAUUGGACAGGAGCGUAAAGAGGCAUGGAUCAGCUGGGUGCAAUCCUAUGUGCAGGAGCUGGCUGCUAGUGGCAUCUCAGAUGAGCAGAGGAAAGCCCAAAUGGAUUCAGUAAACCCAAAGUAUGUUCUCCGAAACUACUUAUGCCAGACUGCCAUUGAUGCAGCUGAACAAGGUGAUUUCGGAGUGGUCAGGAGGCUUCUCAAAUUAAUGGAGCGACCAUACGAUGAGCAGCCUGGAAUGGAAAAAUAUGCUCGCCUUCCGCCAGCUUGGGCUUAUCGGCCUGGCGUAUGUAUGCUUUCUUGUUCUUCAUGA